AUGGCGCUAUUUUAUUUCAUUCUGGCGCUGAAGAUAUCUUUUAUAUUCUGUGGUGAUCCACCGAAUAUUUAUCGAUGGAUGGCUGACAAUGCGUACAUCUUUCCACAGCUUUGCCUGGAUGACUACACGCUGCGUUAUGCAAACGCGUUCCCGGAGGAACUCGAAAGGGCGAAGGCGAGGGCCGAGAAUCGGCUGUUCUCACAAGAACGAGGAGGAGGUGGUGGAGCUGGAUUCAUGGAGCCCGGAAGUGAAACACGUUUCCACGGCCUUGACAUGAACCGUUUGAGUAAAAGCCGUCCGAAUAUAGCUCAAGAGAAUCGUGUGGAUAACGAACUGGUAACGCUUCCACCGCUUACAACAACGGCAACGACCAUCGUCAAUCCACUUAUCAGCCGAGAUGAGGAGGCGAAUCAAGUCUCUCCACCUUUCGCUACUGCUUCUUCCAAUUCCAGCACGAAAGACUUCAAACCAGACUUUCAAGAUAUCACUGCGGAAACCACAUCCAGCACUACUCUGCCCGAAUCAACAAACCAAGUCUCAGCCCUAGGCACACGAACCACACGAACCACACCUACACUACCCCUUACCGUACCCAUACUGCUGCCAAUGGAUCAUAAUGAUAAAGCCCAUGAUGCUCCGACGCUAACAGGUUCAACAACAAAUGAGGAACUGGUCGUUGUGAAAGCUUCUAUUCGAGCUGAAGAUGAAAAAGGAGAGACCGAGUCUGUCCCUGAGGAGUUGAACGAAGAAGAUGAAGAAGAAGAAGUACGCGAUAUUCCAGUGCAAAAACAAGAUCCGUGCCAAGAUCUUGACCGUCACUGCGCUUUCUGGGCAACGCUAGGAGAAUGCGAAUUAAAUCCAUUCUGGAUGCGACCACACUGUCAACGAUCAUGCCAUUCUUGUGGAGAAGAAGUAGACACCGUAUUUGCACCUACUCCAAGAAAAGGUAAACUGUAG